GAAGAAGAAGCAGUCUACGCAGGUGUUUACGUUUUCCUACUUCCGUAGCUGCCAAAAGCGGAAUAACGUUACUAAUCUCACGUUAAAUCCAAAAAUUGAGAAGAAACUGUCGGUCAUGUUUCUCAUUUUCAAUUUAAGUUUGGAGAUGCUUGACAGAUAAAUAUGAUUAAGGUCGUUUGCUGUCCACUGUAGGCGCUGUAUCGCGAGUUUUCCUCAUUAUCCAUCGCAGGCAAAACUAAAGCUAGCGGUGUGUUAGCAGCGGGUCAACGGCAGUGGACGUAAUUUAAUAAAUCAUCGCCCGAUCCGCAUUUUGUCCAGUGUUAAUUUAGAUAUCAAACAAGGCAGUCAUGGCCACUAGGCGUCUGACCGAUGCCUUCUUGUUAAUGCGGAACAAUGCAAUCCAAAACCGGCAGAUAUUGGCUGAGCAAGUGAGUACAUACGACCCCCGUCUGAGUACACGUAGCAAUGCUGCGGAGCUUGAUGAGUUGGCUGAUGAUCGAAUGGCCCUGGUGUCUGGAAUUAGUCUGGAUCCUGAAGCUGCCAUCGGAGUCACCAAGAAACUGCCCCCCAAAUGGAUAGAGGGGAUCGAUGAGAUCCAGUAUGAAAUCACACGGGUUCGGCAGAAGAUGAAGGAACUGGCCUUACUCCAUGACAAGCAUAUGAAUCGUCCCACACUUGAUGACAGUAGUGAGGAAGAGCAUGCCAUAGAAAUCACUACGCAGGAGAUUACACAGAUGUUUCAUCGAUGCCAGCGAGCUGUGACGGGUUUGCAGUCUCGUUGUGGCCACUGCACCGAGCAGGAGGAGAGGCUAUUGAGAAAUGUGGUCUCGUCCCUGGCACAGAGCCUGCAGGAGCUGUCCACCAAUUUCAGGCACACACAGUCCAGCUACCUAAAACGUAUGAAGAAUCGUGAGGAGAGAUCAAAGCACUUUUUUGACUCUGGACCCCUAAUGGAAGAAGACGAAGAUUUAGCUGUAUAUGACAAGGGGUUCACAGACGACCAGCUGAUGCUGGUGGAAGAGAACACAGUUAUGGUUGAAGAACGAGAGAGAGAGAUCCGACAAAUAGUGCAGUCCAUCUCAGAUCUGAAUGAGAUUUUCCGGGACUUGGCUGGAAUGGUGGUGGAACAGGGCACCGUUCUUGACCGAAUUGACUUCAAUGUGGAGCAGGCUUGUGUUAAAACAGAAGAUGGAAUGAAACAGUUACAAAAGGCGGAACAGUAUCAGAAGAAAAACAGAAAGAUGCUGGUCAUUUUGAUCCUCUUUAUCAUAGUCAUUGUUCUAAUUAUUAUUCUUUUUGGAACUAAGUUUUAAUUAUGCAUUCCUCUGGCUUUUGUUUUCUGUGGCUGUUUGUUGUGCAUCUGUGUUGACUUGGACUUGGAUCUCGGUUCUACUCAAAACAAAGCUGACUGCCUUUCAUACCCUCCAGGAAACGAAGAAAAAGAAGAAUUCCACGUCUCUUUGCAGGUGCACUCUGGGCUAUGUGGAGAUGUUUUGUGGUUGAUUUUAAUGAAAGGAAACAAUCAUCAAUCUGUUUUGAGACGUUGCUAUUUUAUCAAAUGACUCGCACCCAAAUUGCCAAGACUCUGUGACAGAGGUUUAUCGAACCCAAUGUUGACAUAUGUGUCAUAACAAAAGAACACACUUUGUGGCAUAUAAAAAUGGACUACCAAUGUCUAAAUGCAAAAGCAGUGUCCUCUGCUUGAACUCAAAGCACGAAUUGUAACGUUUGUUGUGUGACAUCAUUUCUGUCCAGUAUCAUUGCAAACAUUUUGUUUCUGUGAGGAAGAUGUGAUAAGAACGAAUGUUUGUGAAAGAGAAAUAUCUCAUUUUACUGCAAAUUCAUACAUUAAUACAUUACAUUUAUGUCCCAGCUCAGUAUUUUUCCUUGAAAGACUAAAAGAAAAUGUUUUGUAUUAGGAGAGUACCAGAUAUUAUUAGAAUAGUCAUUCAGUACCAAAAAUAUACCUUUGGUUUAAGGACCACCUGUUUUUUAUUAUUAUUACUUAUUACUUACUACUCCCCUAUUUAAUACUGAGAUUGUGUUGCGCCACUGUUGGCCUGAGGAGGGUGUAGACAGCCAUGAGCUUCCUCCAAUUCAUGCUGUAAUUUUAAAAUCAUACCUGUGUGCACUUUUCAUGAUGUGCUCAUUUUAAAACACUUACUUGUUUUUGUUUUGUCAUGGUCCUUGCAUAAAGUGCUAUCUUUUUGGAACUCUUGCAGUUUGCACAUAUUGAGGCCUGGGGGGGGUGUUAUGGAUGUAAUACUACUGUCAUCUGUAUGAUGAAAAGAAUUAUUUAUUUUUUAAUAAAUAAAAUAAUCAAGAGGGUCAGAGGUGUUCUGUCUCAGGCAGAAUUACUGUAUAUUGAGUAAAGUCUAUCUCUAAACCCAACUGUCCUCUCCACUGAAAACUGUGAUGUAGUCCAACACAAGCAGACGUAUGAAGACAGCAUUAUGAUUACUUUUUUUUUUCAGAUUGGACACAUUACAUUUUAGUUAGCUGUGUUGGAAAUCCUUUACUUGUUCUUGUGUUCUAUAAAGACUGAAAAGCUGAAAUGAUGAAGAGCUUUAUUUGACAUAUCUGUACUCGACUCUACACUUUACACCUGUUGAAUCAUCUUUGUCAUUGAUGUGAAGUUGUGUGUGAAAAAAUGGUUAUGUCCUAGUGGUACUCAAAAGUUUUGUUUUCCAAACAAAACGGGUGAGAAGAUAUCGACUUGUUUUUUUUAAAUAAAUCUGGAACAUGA